UGUAAUGAAAGCAGCUUGAGUAUAUCAUAAAUAUUAUUUAAAAAAAUCAACCAAUUCCCAACAACGAUUUUGUUCGAUUAAACGCAAUUUCGCUCCACUGUUCGCCUGAUGAAUAAUAAAGAAGUUGCGGUUCUGGCCGGCGAUCAAAGUCAAAUAUUUGGUUUGGAUGUUUACAAAUUGGGUCAGCUGGUCAUUUGGCCUGUCCUCCAGCUCCUCCACAUAGCUUCCACUUCAAAAUGCCCCCUGGUCGCCACUGGUUUUCAUCCCCAUCGCUGUGAAUUUUCCAGAAAUAAAGGCCGUGGAUCUCAGCUGUCGCUUCAUUAUGACGCUAAUUGCCAGGACAUGCCGGCCAAAGGAUUAGCAACACGUAAACUGUACAGCAUGGCAUUCGAUGAGACCGCAAAAACCAGGACGAGAAAGGACAUGCGAGUCUCUCGACUCAUAAACACUUUUGUUUGUCUUAAUCCGGUUAUAUAUCCGGAUUAGCGACCCUGAGUGCGACGAAGGUGUAUUUUUUUUUCGCUAUUCCCGAGAACUUUACGACACUUUUUAGGUAAUGAAUGGGAUUACAUUUUUUUAAUCCACCACCACCCGUUGGCUGUAAAAAAAUUAGCGGCAAAAAAGCAGUGCAUUCAGGUCAGUUUUUGGUGUGGAAAACCGAUUGACCUGCGGCCACGGGUCUCAUGAAUGGGCAGGUCAGAAAAAAAGGCAAAAAGAUUGCAUAUAAAUUAAGCCAGCCACUCUGAUGCAACCAGCAAACGAAGUUAAGCAACCAAACGAUCAAGAUGCGUCGCAGUCAGCAAAACAAGGAAGUUAAGGAUAACUGCAAAGAGAAUCCUUCCCAGAACUCAAUGGAAUCACCACCAAAGUCACCCACCGCCGCAUAUGCAAUGUUUUUGCACCGCGAAGAGUUGAGGAGGCGAAAAAUCCAAAUCUCUCGGGUUUCAGCCACCAAAAUUCACCUGACCAGCGAACUAAUCGCUCGAACCAAGCAGAAUAUACGGCAGUGCAGCUUCGAGGAUCUGGAGAUUCUGGCCAGGGAGACGCUCUUCAAGAAGAAUCUGCAAAGACAUCUCUACUAUCGACGCAUGCACAUCCAUCAACUGAUGAUGAGCAAAAAGAAGCAGCAGGCCAAGGAAAAGAAGUGAAAAGAUACACUUAAGAUAAAGAUAAGUUAUUUAGUAUAGGAACAGCAAAAGUGAUUUUUACAUGCAUAAAUAUUAUAAACCUAAAUUAAGAACAAUA